GUCUGACUUGGUGCUUAAGCCAACAGUUCUGUGUAUGUAGCAUAAAUGAUUGGUGCGUCGCCUGGCUGUGUUUCGUUUUCCUUUUAAUAUGGGCUUGCCCUUGCUCCUCCUGGGUAGAAGAAGAAGAUGCUUUGUUGAGAGUGAAAGAACGAGAGGGAAGAUCACGGUGAAAUGCUCCGAAUCUCUCAGUCAGUGCUGUGCCUCUGCGUUGUCCAAGUAGAGGCAGGCUGGUAAUGAGGCCCAGAGGCACGUCCAGAAUUUUCCCAUAUGGCUUUCCCUAGCUGACAAAUGCUCGGGGAUUUGAGGAGCAAGUACACAAACGAGACCAAGAUGUUCCUGUUAAACAUUUCCAUCCAGACAAGCACGCAGAUCCUGUGUCUAAAAUACUCCUAGCCUUCUCUUGUCAUGUGCAGUUUGAAACUCUUGCUGAUAAUAAUAUACUGGGAAAAUCCUUUUAGAAUUAAUCAAGAGUAGUAGCAGCUUAUAUAUUGUUCUCUUGUCCUCUGAAAGCUAUGCCUUGGCUUAGCUCUUCCCUCAAGCUCCAUCGGUGCUUCUGGGAAGUGCUGUGCUCUUGAAGCCUCACUUAUGGAAAAAGACAUGGUUUUAAAAUUUGUUUGCAUUGUCUGUGAGCUAAGACUUUCAGUAGGGUGUGAAGGUAGUGUUGAGAAAGCAUGAUAUUCUCGUAAUAGUUUCAUCUGCUUUUUUUUAAUUCAUAGCCUUCUGUCUCUUGCUGGUGUUUGUUGAAGCACUGUCCUCUAGGGCAAGAAGCAACUCCUCCUGCUGAAGCUGGUCAGAGAGGAACAUAGAGCCCUGUUCCUCUCAGCUGGCUGUGCUGUAGCUGAACUCCAGGUAGCCCCUCCACCCCUUCCUGGAGUCUCUCUGGAAGGACCAUGGAAGAAACUGAGGAGGAAAAAAAGGACGAGGCUGAUUAUAAGAGGCUUCACAGUUUUCCUCUGAUUAGGCACUCRGACAUGCCGGAGGAGAUGCGCAUAGAGACUAUGGAGCUGUGUGUCACGGCGUGUGAGAAGUUUGCCACCAACAAUGAGAGUGCUGCCAAGAUGAUCAAAGAGACGAUGGACAAGAAAUUUGGGUCCUCUUGGCAUGUGGUGAUUGGAGAAGGUUUUGGCUUUGAGAUCACUCACGAGGUGAAGAACUUGCUGUACAUGUUCUUUGGUGGCAGCCUGGCCGUGUGCGUCUGGAAGUGCUCCUGACCCCUGGCCAGGUCUCAGACUUGCUGAAUACAAGAGAUUUCUUCCUACUCUUGACAAGUUUUGUAUGAUCUGGAGGUGGGGCUUUAUUUUUAAUACUCAAAUGUCAGGAUUUCUUUUUUUUCAUACUGACGUAACAGUAAGUACAUAAAUACAUAAAGUUGGUGCAUGUGUAUGUAUGAACUUGCUAAACUGUCCUGUCCUUGUGAGAUUUCUCAUCUGUCUGGCUCUUUCCUUGGAGUUUGAGCUGAAGCAGGAGGGAAGUUGAGGAAGAAGUAAUCUCACAAUAAGCUGCACAGCAGCACUAGCAGGGGAAAGCAAAAGCAAAAAGGUGCUAUCUAGCCCUAUGGUUUCUUUAACUCCCACUUACUCCACAUAGUUUCCUCUCUCCUCUGCUUUCUCCACUACCAUGCAGUAUGGCUGUGACCAGCACCUGUCUUUCCUCUCUCUGGAUGCUGCCUAUACAUUCUUCCUCCCUUCCAAGAUGUCUGUGCAGAUCUGACAGCCUGCAGAUCUUCAGGCUGCUUGUGGAGGUGURAGCCACAGAGAUGCAGUCCCAGCUUGCCCUUCCUUGCUGUUUUGGGAGGGUACAACAGCUGAGCUGCCUGGGUGUAGGAGGUUGCUAUGCAAACUGCCCCCUCCUUUCUCACCCACGGUGCACACUGAGACAGCAUGAAAACACAGGCGGCUGACAACGCCUGGGGAGUGGGUGAGAGCUCUUUUUAAGGCUCAAAUGCCUCCCUGUCAGUUCCUGGGGGUGUUGCAAGUGCUGUGUACUUUCAGCAUCUUGUUUGGAGGCUGACAGAGGAAGCAGGCUCCAUGUGAAAUCUAACUUGAUCAUCAGAAACSUAAUGUCUUUUUGGACUUGCAUUCUUUUAGCCUAUUUCAUUUUUUAAAGCUGUUGGUGUUGGAAGAUCAAAUUAGCGUAACUAUGUUACGUGUAUGGUUAUUUAUAAAACCUGAGGAACUGUGUUUUUUGCAAUAAAAAUUUAGUAAAAUGUC